GUGAACGAGAAACGGUUGGGUCCCUUCAGGUGGGCGGGCCUAAGUAGCGCCUGGUUGACAUUGUUGUUGUUAUGAGUAAGUGAGAAGCUCAUAUUAGGAUUGAAUUUUCUUUUCCCCACGCUUUUUGUAUAUUAGCGGCGAUCGGAACUGGUGAUCUCUAAAGUGUGGACGUUACAACUGAGAGACAAACUGCUGGAAAAACGGUCUAGGGGAGAUGAGAGACCGAGGCCGCUCAGGUUGUGGCUGUGAGUGUUGACCCUUGCAGAGCAGAAGAAAGGUCCCACCCUGCCCUGCCCUGCCCCGCCCACUGCCUCGCCCCUCCCCCCCUCCCACAGUCCAUUUGGGGGGGGGAGUCCGGUUCCCCGGCCUUGCUCCGCACCGACACCCCUACCCACCACCGCGUGACUUCAUGAUCACAUGACUGUGGACAUGGACGCUGUCCUGUCCGACUUCGUCCGCUCCACGGGGGCGGAGCCAGGGCUGGCCCGGGACUUGCUGGAAGGUAAGAACUGGGACCUGACGGCGGCCCUGAGCGACUUCGAGCAGCUGCGGCAGGUGCAUGCCGGGAACCUGUCCUACGUUUUAGGGGGGGAGCGGGGGUUCCGCCCCCCCCAGGAGAGGGAGGCGGCCAGGGCGGGCCGGCCCAUGCUCCAACGGCAGGACGACGUCGUGCAAGAGAAGCGCCUCUCCAGGGGCAUAUCCCACGCCAGCUCCACCAUCGUCUCCCUGGCCCGCUCGCACGUGUCCGCGCCCGGGGGCGGGGCCAGCAGCGAGGCCCUCCUGGACACGCCCCUCUGCACCUUCCAGCUGCCCGACCUCACCGUGUACCCCGAGGACUUCCGCGGCUUCGUCGAGCGCGACCUCAUCGAGCAGUCCAUGCUGGUGGCCCUGGAGCAAGCCGGUCGCCUGAACUGGUGGACGCGCGUGGGGGCCAGCUGCCAGAGCCUGUUGCCCCUGGCGACCAGCGGGGACGGAAACUGCCUGCUGCACGCUGCCUCCCUGGGGAUGUGGGGGUUCCAUGAUCGGGACCUGAUGCUGCGGAAGGCCCUGUACGCCCUCAUGGACCACGGCGAGGAGAGGGACGCACUGCAGCGCCGGUGGAGGUGGCAACAGACGCAGCAGAACAAGGAGUCGGGCCUAGUCUACACAGAAGACGAGUGGCAGAAGGAGUGGAACGAGCUUCUGAAGCUGGCCUCCAGUGAGCCACGGAUACACUUCAGCACCAAUGGCAGCAGCAGCAGCAACUGCACGGGGGCGGAGUCGUCGGAGGAGCCCGUCUACGAGAGCCUGGAGGAGCUGCACGUUUUCGUCCUGGCCCACGUGCUGAGGAGGCCCAUCGUGGUGGUGGCCGACACCAUGCUGAGGGAUUCUGGGGGAGAGGCGUUCGCGCCCAUCCCGUUCGGCGGGAUCUACCUGCCCCUGGAGGUGCCGGCCGCCAAGUGCCACCGCUCGCCGCUGGUCCUGGGGUACGACCAGGCCCACUUCUCCGCCCUGGUCUCCAUGGAGAGGCAGGACAGCGCCAAAGUGCAAGCGGUCAUCCCGUUGCUGGACUCGGAGCACAGGCUGCUGCCGCUGCACUUCGCCGUGGACCCCGGGAGGGGCUGGGAGUGGGGCAAGGACGACGGCGACAACGUCAAGCUGGCCAGUGUCACCUUGUCCCUGGAGGCGAAACUCCACCUACUGCACAGCUACAUGACCGUCACCUGGCUGCCCUUGCCCUGUGACACGCAGGCCCCGCUGGCUCAGCCCGAGUCUCCCGCAGCCUCUCCGGGGGACGACGCUCGCUCUCCUCCCGACUCGGGCGAGUCCGACAAGGAGUCCGUGUGCAGCAGCUCCAACGGCAACGGCGGCGGCGUGGCCAGCAUCGCCGGGGGCGGAGUCAACGGGAGCGGGGCGGAAGCCAAGGCGGGCGGGGCCGGAGGCGGAGGAGAAGGCGGGGGAUCGUCCAGCUCCUCCUCCAGCACCUCCUCCAGCUCCUCGAGUUCCAGCUUCGGGGGAGUGGGCGCGGGUUCGAGCGGGAAGGACAAGGCCAAGGACAAGGACAAGAGGAAGGCGGACUCGGUGGCCAACAAGCUGGGCAGCUUCGGGAAGAGCCUGGGCAGCAAGCUGAAGAAGAACGUGGGCGGGCUGAUGCCGGGGAAGGCGGCGGCCGGAGGCGGGGCCAAGACGGCGGGGGGGGAGGGGCAGGAGAAGAAGACGAAGAAGGGCUCGCUGAAGGUGCGGGCGGACACCCAGGACGGGUCCCCGAGCGACGGCGGCCGGGGGGGCGGCUGCGGCUCGGGGGGGUCAGGGAAGGGCUCACCGUCGCCGGGCGGCGAGCGGCGGAAGGGGGCGGAGCCCUGCCGCUACGGCUCGGAAGUGAAGCUGAGCCUGAGCGCCAUGCGGGCCGCCAUGCAGGGCGACAGGAAGUUCGUCUUCGCCGCCAUGCUCGCCGCCAGCGGCCGCCAGCCCUUCCAGGAGGAGAUGAUCCAGCGCUACCUGGCCGACGCCCAGGACCGCUUCCGCGCCGAGCAGGAGCAGCGGCGGGGGGGCGGGGCCUCGGUGGGCGGGGCCCCGCCGCCGGCCGCCAACGGGACGGCGUCCAGGAAGGAGGUGGCCGUGUACCGUUGCCAUGACUUCAAGCCCGAGGACCCGCCCGAGGCGCCCGCCCCCUCCCUCGCCCACCUGAAACCCUACACCAUCCCCCGUCCCACCCUCAUAGCCCCCGCCCCCGCCGCCAGCCCCGCCCACAACCCCGCCCGCCUCCCCCCUCCCAGCUACCUGGAGACGCGGCGGCUGCAGGCCGGGGGGGCCCCCUCCUCGUACCCGGGGCUGCCCUCCUACGCCACCCUCCCCCGCCACUGCCCCCUGCAGCACCCGCGGUACCGCAUCCCCGCCUCGUCCCUGCCCCCCGGCCCCGCCCCGGCCCCGCCCCCGGACCGCGACCCCCCCGACUACCUGUCGUCGGGCGCGCCCACCGUCCGCCACUUCUCGCUGGGCAGCGCGGGGGGGCUGGCGGGGCUGCAGUCUCGCUGCAGGAUGCCCGCCUGCAACUUCUACGGGCACCCGGAGACGGGCAACUACUGCUCCUGCUGCUACCGCGAAGCACGGAGGAGGGGCGGGGCCGAAACCCCCGUGCACAGGUUCUGAAACGGGACGACCCCCCACCCCCACCCCCACCCCAUCCUCAGCCCCCCUUUUAUGUUUUCUUUUUAUGUAAGCCCCACCCCAUCUGACACAGAGACGAGCGGACCGCGGCCUGCUUUUUUUAACGAGGGUGAGGUGAGUCGAGCAAUAACGACUUAGAGUAACGACUGGCCUGGUUUUUAGCCGUGGGACUGAAAGAGGGCGUUUGGGUUGUGGGGGGGAGGUUUACAAACCUGUUUCUCUCCAAAAUGGCUUACAAGAUUGAUUUAUUGAAGUAAAUUUAUUUGGUUUAUAAUUCCACCUUCGUACCCCUCGAUUUCCCCAGCCAAUCAGAGUCUCCAGGCCCUUCUUCCUCCAGUGUGCUGGGCUGGACACCUGCAUGUGGCUCCCCACUGCUGCCACCCAGUGGACAAAAAGCUCAACAGCAGCAGAAUGUUCAGAAUUCAAAGUGUGGCAGGGGUUGGCUGCUGUUGAUCAGUCCUGGCACCCAGAAUUGGCUUGAAUGACAGAUCGGAGGGAUCAUCAGAGAUGUGUAUCGGUUCAGGCUAAUGAUUUUGAACGACAUCAUGCGGAUGGAUGGGCGGACGAGGGGGCGGGGGGGGGGUAGCUUUCAGCCUGUUCUCAAAAGCAAAUUUGUGCUUCAGAGCAGUUGAUGGGACAGGUCCUCAACCCUGGUGCUAACAGAGCUGCAGUGUGUCGUUUCUGUUUCGUUGUUAUUCAGCUCUUGUUUGAUUCUUGUACAACCUGCUGGUUACACGCGGGACUGACCUCUUCUGGCCUCUCUGGUCUGAACGGGUUUGUGGGAAACUCAAACCGAAGCAGACCCAGCGGCUCUCCAGGGCCAGGAUUGAGGACCGCUCUGCUGGAACGUUUGAUUGGCACAACGGAUCAUAAUGGUGAAGUGCGUGUAACAUCCAGCAUGCUUCUGUUUGACCUGUGCGUUGAGGUUGAGCCUUGUGUUCCACUGGGCUAAAUUCCCCAGCAAGAAUGACAGGGUUCGUUUUGGGUUCGUUAACUGUCUCCGAAAUGGAACGUGCCGUCCUUGUUCCCUCCCCCUUCAAGUUGGAUGUGAUGCCAACCUUGUCCCCUCCCUCAUCAGUUAGAUGUUGUGUAGCCCCGCCCCUUGGCGGUCUUUAACGUCUCCCCAUUGGUAGUCGCCACACCAUCCAGUCUGAUGACGCAAGUUUCCGAGUGAUGGAUAAGCUGGAGCUCCACCCCCCACCUCCCCUCUCUUUUUUAAUUAUUAUUAUUAUUAUUUUUUUUAUCUCUGUCUGCACAAAGCAAGCACUUUCGUAAGGACUCAAACGAUAUGCGGAGAUAUUUUUGUCACGAAGCUGUGGACUCAUUUACCGAAUUGUGUGUUUGAAAUUUUGGUUCGAGCUGGAAUAAGAAGGGGAGGAUCUGCAACUCAUGAACGGCCGCAGUGCGUCAGCUCUCUCCUGUGGCUGUUUGCGGAACUGCAGUUCCCGUUGAGGCACUCCGGGGACCUGUUUAAAUCUCUGCCUAGCCAGCUCCGCGCUGACUGUGAAGGGUGGCUAAGCGAACCAUAAAAAUCGGUUGGACACUAGGUGAACCAAUCACAGGACAAGUCGAUGAUUGACGGCACAUGGCAACUCCGCCCACCAUUUAUGUCUCUCGUACAUAAUUUGAAGUAUGCAAGAAUCAUCGUUGGGUGGGAGAUUUCGUUUAGUGGCUUUGACCUCACUUAAAAGCAAUAGAAAAAUGGCGUGGUCAUGCGGAAAGGGGUCGUCUUUGCGGUGGUGGGUAGAGGAUUCGGGACGUUUUUGAAGGGGAGGAAAACCCAGAAAAUAUUCCCUCAUUUCUGAAACGGAGGUCAGAUUUGAUCGACUCUCAACACUCCCUGCUUGCUUUAAGAGCACGGGAGAAACCCAAAAACCCAAAGAAGUCAUUUUGUCGCAAAAAACAAAGUUGACUUGAAAUGCAGUGUGUUCUGAAAGAUAUAUUUUCUUAAAAUGGAUUUAGGUUGUCCCGACGAGUGUGAGUUUUUUUCCGCUGAUAUGCAUAAUCCGGGGAAGUCAGCACACCUCUACAACAUUGCUACACGCAUUCAGUUUUUCUCUUUUUAAAUUAAUUCAGUGUUUUCUGUGUGUGUGUGUGUUUUUAUUUUGCCGUCGCUAUGUGUUCAUCCAUGUGAACUCCCAUGAAUUGCAAAAAUAUACCAUUGGCAAAACCAUGAAGUCAAGAAAUUAAAUCCGAAGACUCAAAUAGAGUGGGGGAACAAAAAACAAUGUCCCUCUCAAUUAUUUUGCUGGUUGGUCCUAAAAUCUGUGCUGAGCUCUGUUAAUUUCAAGCACACAGACAGGCAUCCAUUGCGAUAUACGGUUCGCCGUUUAGUCAACAGUCGCCACACUUGUGUUACUGUGCACCUAUGAUGUUUCUGAAUGACAGAUUCGCAAAAACAACACACAAACCAUUUUCUGGACACAGUUUCGCACGAGACGCGAGGCAGUUCAAACCUGUUACCUGGCAACUGUGAAGUAAUCACCUGAAAGUGGUCCUGCUUGGGUAGUGAGGGCUCCUGAAAUGGCGGGCCUCGUAUUGAGCCCUCCUGGUCAGUAGGGAACUCGCUCUCGUGGUUCUGUGCAUUUUCAUGGUUUUGUGCGUUCGUUUGUCGAACAUCCACUCGACGGAAAAUGCGGGAGUGUUUCAAAAAGUAUACAUUUAUCCAAAUGCAGUGGUUAAAACGGAUGGGAAAUCAAAAGUGUGAUGAUGGUACCUUUAUUAUUUCUUUGUGUGUGUCUGUGUUCUUUUUUAUUUUCAUUUUUAUUGUAGCUAGCAGCAUCACGUUCUUCAUCUACUCCAAACAUGGAUAACAUUUUUAAAAAAUGUUUCAUAGCUUUGGGACUCCUACGAGACUGCAAACAGGUGUUUUUUUUUUUGUAUUUAAAAAUGGAGAGAGGUUGUACAAAUCUGUAUCUUUGAGUUAUUUUUUUAAAUCUAAAGCUACGUUUUGCAAUGUUUUUAAAUUACGAUCAGAAUGUAUGUUGCUGGACAUUUUAAAACAAAGGACGCUAAAAACAAACUUGUGUUCAAGAGCCUGGACUUGUGAAGGAAAUUCUGUCAUUCGACUGGAUUCUCUUGCUGAAAAACUUGUACUUUAAGACAGUCAACACAGGGGUUUCUGGUGAACAAAUGCAGCCGCUCAUAUACACAAUAUACUGACAGUACAAACUGGUUUGAGAGUAUAUAUUUAUAGUCAGAAUUUUCAAAAUAUUCUGUUGGGAAUGUUCAGUUUAACGAGGGUGUUCUUUCCUGUGCUGGUCAUUGUCAAACAGAUUUUCUUUUAUAUAAUUAUUUAUUUACUUUCGCUCCAUUUUAAUUUUAAGAUAGUCACGGUAAUUUCACCUGCAAUGCAUAAAUAUGUUGGGGUUCAACAGAAAAAAAGGUAUAUCUAUCCACCCAUAUCUGUGGAAUGGAUUGGGUUUUUUUUUUUUAUUAGUUUGAAUGGUUUUAUUUCUAUAUUCGAUUAAUUUAUGAAACAUGUUAUGCUCUGUUGUGGCCAAUGGAUGUCUUCUCAGCAUGGGAAGAUGUCUUGUUUUUGCUACGCGCAACCUACGAUAAUUGGAAACCGUAGCGAUUGGAGUGGCCGUUUAAAGAACCGCCAAAUCGCCAAAACAAUCGUAUUUUGAACUACGCGUUUAAAAUCGCACGUUUGACUCACUCGCUGGGUGGCAAUGUAUUCGGCUGGAAAGAACACCUAUUUUAUGUCCUCAAAGUGUUUUUGCACCGUUUGAAUAAAUCCUUGUUUUAUUUCA